AACAAAAGUUACACACACUCAAAGUUCUCUUUCUUAUUCCAGACCAACACUUCACAAGAUGUCAAACAGAUCAGAAACAAAGGGGAGAAGGUUAUCAAAGGCGCCACGCAAAUCAUCACUUUCUGUACGUGAGGCAAGUACAUCAUCACAAAUCUCAGAUCAGCAAAAUGCAAUGAUGGAUGAUUCGGAUGAUCCUUUGUCCGAUUCAUUUGAUCCAAGUCGAUUAAAGGUGGUCGAAUUGAGAUCACUCUUACUUCAAUUUGAUGUUCAUGUCAAAUCAUCUGCACGAAAACAAGAUCUGAUCGAUGCAUACAUUCGAGAUAUUCGUGAAAACGCAAAUGAAUUAAGAGCAAAACGCAAUAGCGAUCUCAAUGUACGACCGGAUGGAAGAGGAAUCAUUUAUUUGAGUAAUGGACAGAUACAAAGGAGUCAGGUAGGAUCGGAAAUAAAGGAAGAAGAAGAAACGUCGGAUAUUUUGGAUGAGAGCGUAGAUCGAAACAGAGCAAGGAGAUCUGUUUCUUUUGUCGAUGAAUCCUCCAGCGAGACAGGUGAAGAUGUGAUUACACGUGAACAAGAUCUAUCUGCAGAUGUAUCUUCCUUUUCAACGGACAAUCCUUUCCAAAGCAACACACCGACAAGCAAGAGCUCAACAAAACUCUCGGCAAGAAAGUCAGAACCUGCAAAGAGCACCAAAAAGCAGAGUAAACCAAAAGCCUCAUCAUCUCGUCAUUCUUUGUCAAAUAUGCAGCGAUCUUCACUAGAUGAUGAAGAUGAGGCAGACGAUAGCAUCUCCAACUCACCCUUGAGUCCGACGCUGCGCAAACAGAAAAAGGCGCGGGAUUGGGUCGAUCGUGGAAAGAAUUUGCUGGAAAGAGAAAUCGGUCAACCUAGUGAAACGGCUGUGACCUUCUCGAGCAUCGUUUCAUCGAUUGCUUUGAUCACCUUUUCCGUUUGGUGGAUCUGGUAUACACGAGAGAGCAAAACUAUUGGCUUUUGCGAUUUAGGACGAAAGAGCAAUAUUGUCCUUGAUACGCGGCGAAUUGAACAUGCUGCCAAGAUUGUCCAACAACGUGCAGAAGGACGAAAUGAGCUAUUACUCCAAAUGCAGAUACCCCAAGCUUUACAACCGUCUUGUACGCCAUGUCCUGCGCAUGCUCGAUGCGAUGAUGGAGCACUUACAGAAUGUGAAUCUUCCGAUUACGUUCUACGAUACCCUUUCCUAAGCCAGAUUCCGCUUAUUGGUUCAUCUUUACCGCUUUCUUACAUCGCUCCUUCUUGUGAUCCAGAUGAAGAGAAAGUGUUGCUAGCAGCCGAUCUGGCAGACGAAAUUGAAAAUCGGCUAAGGACAUGGAAAGCUGACGUAUACUGUAACCGACAAAGGGCAAGACUUGGUCCGCGUGAUGAACCUGAUUGGGGACAAGAAGGAAUUUAUGCAGUUCCAUUGUCGGAUUUGUAUCAUGAACUCAAGAGUGCAGCAGAACGUGGUCAAGUUUUACGCACGCAAGGCGAACAAUUCUUCAAACAAUUGUGGGAUCUGGCAAUGGCGGAUUUGGAAGCUUCAAAUAGGGUUCAAGAAAGAUCUUCUCGUCUCUUGGCCGUACGUGGACCAGUUGGCGUAGGUCUGUCUUGCAGGGCCACAUUGGCAAUGUCAAACGUUUGGCUCAGAUUACGAUUUUGGCUUGCAGGAACGCUUACUUUGGUAGGAGUUUUCUAUUGGCUCCUUUCUCGUUUACGCGGUACUUCAGAAUUACAAAAGAAAGCUCAAGGAUUGGUAAAAGUUGCACUUAAAAGAUUGCAAACGGCAAAACAACGUCAUAUCGUCUUUAUCAACAGCUCCAACGCAUCGCCGGCGUCUUCACCAGGAUCAACGGAUGCUUAUCUUUCCAUAGCACAACUACGCGAUUCUCUCAUCCAACAAGGUGAGAAGGGAGCAGAGAAGAAGAACUUGUGGAGCAAGGUGACCAAACUUGUUGAAUCGAAUGCCAACGUACGCACAAGACAAGCAAAAGUUCAAGGUGAAUGGACACGUGUAUGGGAAUGGGUUGGUCCUUUAGAGGGAGAGCAAUACGACAUGGUUCAAAGAUCGCCCGCCUCUCCUGCAUCACAAAAAGCCUAAAGAAUGGAAUAAUCUUGCUUGGUUGAUUAGACAGAUAUAUCUUAUAAGGAAUACAUGUAUUACUGUACAAAUAAGAGGAGAAAAAAGAGCUAAAAAUGAAUUACUUGAACAAAAG